AUGAAAGUUAAAGCUGAAGACGAUUCUGGCGAUGUAAGAAUCCCAGACGACAAGCCCACGUACCGGUCGUGGAAGAAGAAGUAUCGCAAGAUGCGUAUCAUUUUCGACCAAAAGAUGCACGAAGGCGAGGAACUUCAUAGAUUGGAGCAAAAAGCGUUGGCCACAGCCCGGAGGCUCGCGGUACAAAAAGACCGGUUACUCGAUCUUCUUCUGGACGUGAACAACUCGCCCCAGAUCCCGCCCGAAAAGCAAAUUGACCUUAGCCUGGACGUGCCCUCCGAGGAUGACGCCCUCAUUCUCGACAUCGACCGGCCGUCUACUACACGGCAAGGUGGUCCGGCACCGGCCACUUCCUAUAAGAGACUCCUAGAGGAAGUGCCACAUUUCACAUUCUCUUCCGCACCCGAGCGUUUCCCAGAACUCCUCGCAGAUCUCGAAGCCGGCCGAGACUCUCCCGCCGAUCCGGGCCAGGGCCAAUCGCACCCUCCUUCUUUCCUCACUGCCGAUGACAUCGACAACUACAUCUGGGAACUAGACACACAUCUUGGACAUGAAGAUGCCGCCAAUGGCAGUGGGAGAAAAGACUCGGGGCUGCUGCCCACUCUCGCCCCGCUUGCCCACGCCGACCGCGCGAACCCGAAGGACGCUCAGCGCGACUUCGCCAUACGGAACCCGACCUCGGUAUACAACUGGCUGCGCAAGCACGCUCCCAAGACCUUUUUGCAAGACGCCGAGCACGACAAGGAUGCCGGCAAGGAGAAUGGGGACGACGGCCACGGUCCCGGUUCCGCACGUCGCGGCAAGGGCGAGCGUGCCCCGCGCGGCACAGGCUCUACACGUGCCAAGAGGGCGAGCGCAGCACAUACCCGCGCAGCGGCCGCGGCGGAGAGCUUUGAGGAUCUGGACGAUGAGUUCGGCUACGGCGGAGUUGCCGCGACGCCUAGCACUGUGGGUGGUGGCGGCGGCGGGAAGGGGAAGAGGAAGAGAGUCGUGGAUGAUGACCCGGGCUACAGGCCCAAAGGCGGCUCUAGUCGGCCAAACAAGAAGAAGCGGAAGAGCGAGGGUGUGGAGAAGACGCCGACGUCCAAUGGCCCGCGGAAGAGCGGACCUACCCUCUGGUCUGCGCCUAAUGAUGAUUGA